AUGAGUUCAUCAGAGGCAACGUCGGUCAACGAUGGCCAUGAUGUCGAGAAGAAAGCAGCACUCGGCAGUGUGACUACGCCGGCGGGUACUGAUGUGUCGAAUGGGAACGUGGCGAGUUCGAAUCCCCAGUAUGAGCGUUACCUGGAUCUGCAUCGACAGUUUGAGGGUCCGGCGCGGGCUAAAUUCAUUCGAAAACUGGAUUGGCGACUAUUACCAACGCUUAGUUUCCUAUAUCUCAUGUGUUCCCUGGACAAGAGCAACGCUGGAAACGCAAAGCUCUUUGGGUUUCUCGAGGAUGUGGGCAUGACUUCGACUCAAUUCAAUUUGGCAUUAAUGUACCUGUUCUUCACCUAUGGUCUCUGCGAGCCUGUAUCCAACAUCUUUCUGCGACGUCUGGGCCCAAAGAUCUGGUUCCCCGUCAUUGUAUGCUCCUGGGGUCUGAUCACCAGCUUGACUUGCCUCGUAUCAAACUAUGGCUCGUACGUCGCGAUCCGACUGGUGCUUGGUCUGACCGAGGCCGGCUUAUAUCCUGGCUCCUACUUUAUCCUCUCCAUGUGGUAUACACCUAGUGAACUCGCAACACGAAUGGCCAUCUUUUAUGGAGCAAACACGGCAGCAGGCGCCUUUGGCGGCGUCAUCGCCUACGGAGUCGGCAACCUGGACGGAGCCCACGGCAUGCGCGCCUGGAAGUGGCUCUUCCUCAUUGAAGGAUGCAUCACCAUCCUCGCCGGUCUCGUCUGCCUGCUGCUCCUACCGCAGUUCCCACACCAGUACACCAAGGAAAAGGGAGGAUCAAAGUGGCUCGGGCCCGAGGAGCUCGAGUACGCCCAGCUCCGCGUGCAAUACGCCUCGGGUCCCGACGCGCCCACCUAUGCCUUUCGCUGGUCCGACGUGGCGGCCGCGGCCAAGGACCGCAAGACGUACCUCAUGAUGAUGCUAUUCUGGUGGGGAGGCUCGGUGCCGACGUACUCGCUCUCGUACACGCUGCCGACCAUGGUCAAGAACCUGGGGUACACGGCCGUCAAGGCGCAGGCCCUGACGACGCCGCCGUACAUUUUCGCCACGUGCGUGUGCGUCUUUGUCGGCUGGAUGAGCGACCGGUACCAGCGCCGCUUCCUGUCCAUCAUGGCGUGCUAUGUCCUGGGCCUCGUGGGCAUCAUCAUCCUGUGGAUCUCGGUGCACCACAGCAACCUCAGCGGCGUCAGCUACUUUGCUAUUUUCCUCGCCGCCGCGGGCUACAGCGCCCAGGCCCCCAUUGUCGGCGCCUGGACCUCGGUCAAUGUCGUCAACCCCUCCAAGCGCGCCGCCGCCAUUGGCUUCAUGAUGCUUUUUGGUAGUGUGGGUGGCGGCUCCAUUGGCAGUAACAUCUACCUGGCCGAGCAGGCGCCCGUUUAUCCGCUCGGAUUCGGUUUCUCGGUCGGCGCGACUGUGCUCGGUGCCAUGAUUCCCGCCACUGUCCACUGGUGGCUGAUGAGAAAGGAGAACCGUAGACGCGAUACCCUGAACCAGGAUGAGAUACUGGCUUCGCAUACUCCGGAAGAGCUUAGCGAGAUGGGAGAGAACUCUCCCCUGUAUAGAUAUACUCUGUAG